UCCACAAUGGACAGAGUUUAUGAGAUCCCCGAGGAGCCAAAUGUGGUUCCGGUUUCAUCUCUGGGAGAAGAUGUCAUCCGUGGACCUAACCCACGCUUUACCUUUCCGUUUAGUAUCCUCUUCUCCACCUUUUUGUACUGUGGGGAGGCUGCGUCUGCCUUGUAUAUGGUUAGGGUUUAUCGAAAGAAUAACGAAACCUUCUGGAUGACAUACACCUUUUCCUUCUUUAUGUUUUCGUCCAUUAUGGUUCAGUUGACCCUCAUUUUUGUCCACAGAGACCUGGCCAAAGAUAGACCACUAUCAUUGUUUAUGCAUCUAAUCCUCUUGGGACCUGUUAUCAGAUGUUUGGAGGCCAUGAUUAAGUACCUUACACUGUGGAAGAAAGAGGGGCAAGAGGAGCCCUAUGUCAGCCUCACCAGAAAGAAGAUGCUAAUAGAUGGCCAGGAGGUGCUGAUAGAAUGGGAGGUGGGCCACUCCAUCCGGACCCUGGCUAUGCACCGUAAUGCCUACAAACGUAUGUCACAGAUUCAAGCAUUCCUGGGCUCAGUGCCCCAGCUGACCUAUCAGCUUUAUGUGACUCUGAUCUCUUCAGAGGUCCCCCUGGGUAGAGCUGUCCUAAUGGUUUUCUCCCUGAUAUCUGUAACCUAUGGCGCCACCCUCUGCAAUAUGUUAGCCAUCCAGAUCAAGUACGAUGACUACAAGAUUCGACUUGGGCCACUGGAAGUACUUUGUAUCACUGUCUGGAGGACAUUGGAGAUCACUUCCCGCCUUGUGAUUCUGGUGCUCUUCUCAGCCACCUUGAAGCUGAAGGCUGUGCCUUUCUUAGUGCUCAACUUCCUGAUCAUCCUCUUUGAGCCCUGGGUUACGUUUUGGAGGAGUGGCGCCCAAAUGCCAAACAAUAUUGAGAAAAAUUUCAGCCGGGUUGGCACUCUGGUGGUACUGAUUUCUGUCACCAUCCUCUACGCUGGCAUCAACUUCUCUUGCUGGUCAGCCAUGCAGUUGAAGUUGGCAGACAGAGACCUUGUUGACAAAGGUCAGAACUGGGGACAUAUGGGAGUGCACUAUAGUGUGAGGUUGGUAGAAAAUGUGAUCAUGGUCUUGAUUUUUAAGUUCCUUGGAGCCAAAGUGUUACUGAAUUACUGCCAUUCCUUGAUCGCGGUGCAGCUUAUCAUUGCUUAUGUGAUUUCCAUUGGAUUCAUGCUCCUUUUCUUCCAGUACUUGCACCCUUUGCGCUCACUCUUCACCCAUAACGUGGUAGACUACCUUCAUUGUAUCUGCUGCCGCAGGCACCACCAGGAGAGGGCUGAGAACUCAGAGCCAUCCGGUGAGGCUGAAACAAGACAGAGUAUUGUCUGAGUUUUUUCUUCUGAACAUUAUAGGGUGGGUUCAGGGUUGACGAGAGCAACUGUGAAAUUGAAGGAGACUCCUAUGUGUGUGUUCUUCCAGGAUCAUUUUCUUGACUCUUUUAGUAAUCCUAUCGAAAGAAAGACUGACAUCCAAAUAGGCUUUCCUUUUUUAUGAUUGACUGCUAUGUUUGGGUACCAGCACUAAUCACUGUUUAUUAGUUCAUCCUCCUCCUACCCAAGUCAGUUGGAAUAACUUCUGAGUACCUUACUCCGGCUCCGCAUUUCCAGCUUUGCUCGUCUGUUUGAGUUAUCGUUGUUGUGCCUCCCUGGGCUGAUCUGAACUCGACCAGAACACAUCUGGACUGACCAGAGGAUAUGACAGCUUACUAGGAAUGAGCACCUCCCAGAAAACAGUCUGAGCCUUGUGGUACCUUUACCUGUGAGAGUGGCUGGGAUAUUUUGAUUCCAAUGAGAGACUGUGGCUAAGAAGGCCCCAUUAUGAAAGAAAGCUACUUCCCAGAUAAGCUAACACUCCAUUAGGAUUUUACUAGUGGUCAUUUGGCAAAGACUUCUCUUUUUAGAAGCCUUCCUAGGCACCCCUUUAUAGACGGGUAUGCAGAAUAGGAUUCUUUCAGGGAAUAAAUCAGAAUGGCAUAUUUUUUUCAAGGCUGAGCUCAAGGUCACUCCGCAGCUAAGAACUCCUGAUCUUUUUGCCUUUGCCUUCCGAGUGCUGGGAUUGCAGAUGCAUAGCAGUGCACCUGGUUUAUAUGGUGCUGAGGGCUGCACCCAGGCCUAGGCAAGCACCACUUAGGUGAUGCUGAGCACUGGACCCAGGGUCAGAUAAGCACUCUACCAAUUGAGACAUCCCUGCCCCCCCAGGAUGACACUUAAGGAACUACAUAGGCUUCCAGCUCCAUUGAGGGAAAUGUUUGAAUG